CUUUCCUUCUUUGGCAUCUCUUCAUUCUUCACUUUAUCGACCACUUGCCGCCGCACUCAAGCUACCAUAUACGAAUACUCCCGCAUCAAGACAGAAAAUACCCUCCUAAGCUUCCUCGACAACACCCACCUCCGGACCGCCAUGAACACGUCUUCAACUAUCGACAAAGUAGGACCUAUCGGCGUGUUCCCGGCAUACUUUACCUCCCAAGAAACUACUCUAAUCAUCUUGGGAAAAAAUGGAUGGUCCAGUGCAAGCUUUACCGUCCAAGAUGAACAAGGCAAACUUUUGAUGACGGGUCAUCCGGGAAAAUCCAAAUUUUGGGGGCGCAAGUACGAGAUUAUGGUGACAGAUGCAAACGGCAAACAGCUCUUCGACAUCCACCGCCAUGUCAAACUUUCGAAGAAAGUGUGUACCGUCUUAAACGAAGGUCAGGAGAUUAUGGAAGUGCAUCAGAAGAACAUCAUGUCUUUCAAAAGGCGAAUGACUGGAACAUUCACAAACGCCGAAAGCGGAGUAUCACACACUUUAGCGUUGGACGGGGAUUGGAAAGGCAAAAACUUCAAGGUGAAUUUAGAAGAUGGGGAAGAGGUGGCGACGGUUAAGAGGAGUUAUAUGAAGAACUGGGGCAAUCAUUACGCGCUCACUGUGGCUGAAAAUGUCGAUCUUGCUUUGAUGAGUGCUUUGGGUAUUUGUAUAGUCGCUUCUAUCAUGGAGGAUGAGAUGGCAGCUGCAGUAGCGUAGAACGGUACAGUGGUCUUCUUUAUAUAUAUAUAUUGCCAGAGUCCUCGGUUCUUACUACUCUCCUAGUGCCUCAUGAUGUGACUAUAGAUCUUUGGCUUGGGGAACGAGUCGAAAGUGGCGGGGGAGGGGAUGGUAUUCUUCCGCUAUAUGAUGAUGUGGAAAGGGGAGGCCGGCAAUAAUGAGCGUGUAUGCAUUCACUGUCCAAAC